AACUUUCUGUCUUCUACUCUACUGUCCCUAUGCGCACACACAUGUCCACACGUUCAUUCCUUUAAACCUCACUUGUUUAAAUCUACUCCACUUUCUUCACACUGAGCCCACUCCACCCAUCAUAAAUAUCUCAUAAUUUUACCGUUAAAUUCCUCUUCCUUACUUCUUCUUCCUCUCCACAUAGAAGAACCUUCAAUGGCUACACAUAAACUCUCCACUUGCUUCCUUAUCUUCCUUGUUUUAUUGCAGUCUCUUUCUUCUGCAGAGUCACAGGCUUUUAUCGGUGUUAACUACGGUCAAGUCGCCGAUAACCUCCCGCCGCCGGCGGAGACGGUGAAGCUUAUUCAGUCGACGAGCAUUCAGAAGGUGAGGUUAUACGGAGCGGAUCCCGCAAUCAUAAAAGCGUUGGCGAAUACCGGGAUCGGAAUUGUGAUCGGCGCUUCCAACGGCGAUAUCCCCGCGCUAGCCGCCGAUCCGAAUUUUGCCGGGCAAUGGGUUAAUUCCAAUAUUUUGGCGUACUAUCCGGCGAGUAAAAUAAUUGUGGUUAAUGUGGGUAACGAAGUCGUGACUUCAGGAGAUCAGAACCUUAUUCCCCAACUAUUGCCCGCCAUGCAAAAUGUCCAAAACGCCCUCAAUGCUGCUUCCCUUGGUGGUAGAAUCAAGGUAUCAACGGUACACGCCAUGUCCAUUUUGUCCCAGUCCGACCCGCCUUCUUCCGGGCUAUUCAGUCCAGUAUUUGGGGACACACUGAAAGCUCUCCUGCAAUUUCACAAGGAAAAUGGUUCACCUUUGAUGAUCAAUCCAUACCCAUUCUUUGCAUAUCAGAGUGAUCCAAGACCUGAAACUUUGGCAUUCUGUCUCUUCCAACCAAAUGCUGGCCGGGUUGAUUCGGGCAACGGUAUCAAAUACAUGAACAUGUUUGAUGCACAGGUUGACGCUGUACAUUCGGCCCUGAAUGCGUGGGGAUUCAAGGAAAUUCAAAUUGUGGUUGCAGAGACAGGGUGGCCAUACAAGGGAGAUCCAAAUGAAGUAGGCCCAAGUAUGGAUAAUGCAAAAGCUUAUAAUGGUAACUUGAUAAACCACCUGAGGUCUAUGGUUGGCACUCCAUUGAUGCCUGGUAUAUCAGUAGAUACUUAUAUCUUUGCCCUCUAUGAUGAGGACUUGAAGCCUGGGCCUGGCUCUGAACGCUCUUUUGGUCUUUUCAAGCCUGAUCUUUCCACGACUUACGAUGUUGGCCUCUCAAAAAAUGCGCAGACUCCUACAGCUCCAGUAACUCCAGUGAGCCCUGCUCCAACAACACCGACAACACCAGUAUCUCCAGUGAGCCCUGCUCCAACAAAACCGACAACUCCAGUAACUCCGGUUACACCAGCACCAAAACCAACAGGAUCAGCUACUUGGUGCAUGCCAAAGCCGGGAACUCCUGAUUCUGAAUUACAGGCGAACCUCGACUACGCCUGUGGCAUGACUGGUAUUGACUGUAGUGCUAUUCAAGCAGGCGGUCUCUGCUUUGAACCAAAUACUGUUGCAUCGCAUGCUGCUUAUGCUAUGAAUAUUCUUUAUCAAACUGCUGGCAGGAAUCCCUGGAACUGCGAUUUCUCUCAGACGGCUCUCCUCACCUCAACAAAUCCUAGUUACAAUGGCUGUACUUAUCCUGGUGGCAACUUAUGACGCAGAGCAUCUAAUUUAGUUUCUAAAUAUAUUUUAUUAUGAUGGAGUAGUUUAUGUAACUACAUAAAUUGGUCGAUAAAUAAUCCCAUCCUCGCCUUUUUUUUCCUUUUGCUAAAAUGAUCACGAGUGUCUUUAAAGAAGAACUAUAUAAAUUUGAAGUGUAUAGUUCCUUAAUACUAUUAAUUUUCUUUCCAAACAACUAGAAACAACAUAUCCAAAGUAAUCCCACAUUGGGGACUAAAGAGAGUGGAGUGUACGCAGACUUUACCAUACCUUUGUUUGGAAUAAAUUCGGCAUGGUUUAUUUUU